AUGAAGGAUAAUGUAUUGAUAUCAAACGCAGCAGAGGCGAAGAAAACAAGAAGCAGCCGAGGUCGUCAGCGAAUUGAAAUCAAGAAACUAGAAGACAAAAGCAAGCGUCAAGUCACUUUCUCCAAAAAGAACUUUCCACAUUGUGCGGGGGCAGAAGUUGGUAUCCUCACAUUAUCAAAAUCUGGAAGAGUAUACACCAACGAUAAUGUGGAACCGAUUGAGAACAUGAGUCUGGUGGAAUUGCUGGAAUAUGCGAUGGCGCUUAAUGACUUGAAAAAGAACACAAAGGUUAGAGUGGAGGAGCUGAGCAUUCAAAAAUCUACUUGUUUAUGGCAUUAUGUUGCUGAUCAGGAAUUGAACAAGGCACAGUUCUUACAGCAGUUAAUGGUUGGGGGAAAUUAUGAUUGGUGUCGCAACUCUGACAAUUUCACUCUUGUUGAGCAUCGUCAUUGA